UGCUCUAAAUUAAACCUUCUUCGAUGCAAAGUCGCAUUGCAAAGGAAAUUUUUAAUAAUUAAAUUUUUUUAACUUGGCAACCCAUGUCAAACUGUAAAAAGAUCACGAGGAGUCUGCCGACAAGGAAGGACCGAUCUUCAAAGUAGAACGAGCAGGACAGUAUCGGAAGACGCGAAAAACGCCGACUAAUUGACGCGGCAACACAACCAGCAGUUUAGUCAAAAAAACAACACAAUGUCGUCUGCCAGAGACCUUAUCAAAAUUGAUAUAGAAUGGGGCAUGGAGCGCCUGGUGCGGGCCCAACAAGUGGUAGAGCUUCGUCCCUAUGAUAUUGAGUCCUGGAGCGUAAUGAUCCGCGAGGCGCAAACUCGUCCCAUACACGAGGUGCGCAGCCUCUAUGAAUCGCUUGUUAAUGUGUUUCCAACUACUGCCCGGUACUGGAAGCUAUAUAUCGAGAUGGAGAUGCGCAGCCGGUUCUACGAACGUGUGGAGAAACUCUUUCAGAGGUGUCUAGUCAAGAUCCUAAACAUUGACCUCUGGAAGCUGUACCUGACCUACGUGAAGGAAACCAAAUCGGGUCUCAGCACGCACAAAGAAAAAAUGGCUCAAGCUUAUGAUUUUGCCCUGGAGAAGAUCGGUAUGGAUUUGCACUCGUUCAGCAUCUGGCAGGAUUACAUCUACUUUUUACGUGGCGUUGAAGCCAUUGGUAAUUAUGCGGAGAAUCAGAAGAUCACUGCAGUUCGUCGUGUCUAUCAAAAAGCGGUAAUCACACCUAUUGUGGGUAUUGAACAGCUGUGGAAGGAUUACAUCGCUUUUGAGCAAAAUAUCAAUCCAAUAAUAUCGGAGAAGAUGAGUCUGGAACGAUCCAAGGACUACAUGAACGCUCGUCGCGUGGCCAAGGAACUGGAAUACCACACUAAAGGCCUUAAUCGCAACUUGCCCGCCGUUCCGCCAACCCUCACCAAGGAGGAGGUGAAACAAGUGGAGCUGUGGAAGCGUUUUAUCACGUACGAGAAGUCUAAUCCGUUGCGGACUGAAGAUACGGCCCUAGUAACACGUCGCGUCAUGUUCGCUACAGAACAAUGCUUGCUGGUGCUAACUCAUCAUCCGGCCGUAUGGCACCAGGCUUCCCAAUUCUUGGACACCAGUGCUCGGGUGCUCACCGAGAAAGGCGUGCGUACUCUUGUUCUCCUUCGUUCUCUACGUUCCUGUGUCAAACAAAUAGAGUGGAUUUUGGCCUUGCCCGGUGGCGCGUCAAAGGACGUCCAGGCGGCAAAGAUAUUUGCAGACGAGUGCGCCAAUAUUCUGGAGCGCUCUAUUAACGGUGUACUAAACCGGAAUGCGUUGCUCUAUUUCGCCUAUGCGGACUUUGAGGAGGGAAGGUUGAAGUACGAAAAGGUGCACUCCAUGUACAACAAGCUAUUACAAUUGCCAGACAUUGACCCCACACUGGUCUAUGUGCAAUAUAUGAAGUUUGCCCGUCGUGCUGAGGGCAUUAAGUCGGCGCGUGGAAUUUUUAAGAAGGCACGCGAGGACGUUCGGUCGCGCUAUCACAUCUUUGUGGCCGCCGCUUUGAUGGAGUACUAUUGUUCGAAGGACAAGGAAAUCGCAUUUCGAAUCUUCGAAUUGGGACUUAAGCGAUUUGGCGGCAGUCCAGAGUAUGUAAUGUGCUACAUUGAUUACCUGUCCCAUCUGAACGAGGACAACAACACGCGGGUCUUAUUCGAACGCGUACUGAGCUCCGGCGGCUUGUCGCCGCAUAAGAGUGUAGAGGUUUGGAAUCGCUUCCUUGAAUUCGAGUCCAACAUUGGGGAUCUGUCCAGCAUCGUAAAGGUCGAACGUCGGCGCAGUGCCAUCUUCGAGAACCUUAAAGAGUACGAGGGCAAAGAGACUGCCCAGUUGGUCGACCGUUAUAAGUUUCUGGACCUCUAUCCCUGCACCAGCACCGAGCUGAAGUCUAUUGGAUAUGCCGAGAAUGUUGGCAUUAUCCUGAACAAGGUAGGCGGAGGAGUUCAAACCCAAAACACCGGAGAGGUCGAGACGGAUAGUGAGGCUGCUACCCCUCUACCACGUCCGGAUUUUUCUCAGAUGAUUCCGUUCAAGCCGCGACCAUGCGCUCAUCCUGGUGCCCAUCCACUUGCCGGAGGUGUAUUUCCGCAACCAUCAGCUCUGGCCGCUUUGUGUGCUACCCUGCCCCCACCAAACUCCUUUCGCGGGCCCUUUGUCAGCGUCGAGUUGCUCUUUGACAUCUUUAUGCGGCUUAAUCUGCCCGACUCUGCACCGCAACCGAAUGGAGACAAUGAAUUGUCGCCAAAAAUCUUUGAUUUGGCCAAGUCAGUGCACUGGAUUGUGGACACAAGUACUUAUACGGGUGUUCAGCAUAGUGUAACGGCCAUUCCACCGCGCCGGCGACGUCUGUUGCCUGGUGGCGAUGACAGUGACGAAGAACUUCAGACCGCCGUGCCGCCCACCCACGAUAUUUAUCGCCUGCGGCAGCUUAAGCGUUUUGCAAAGUCAAAUUAAGUUCCGCGGUACAGAUAUAUUCCCACUUAUUUUUUGAAUAAUGCAUUUACAAUAAAUAUACGAAAAAUAAACAAUA